AUGGCUACAAACACUUCAGAAAAAGAAGACAAAUUUAAUGUUAUGUUUGAUAUGGCAGUAGCAUUAAUAUCCACUGACAAAAAAACCUUCAGUCCUGAAAAAUCAGAUAAAAAGCUUUCAUCCGUUUCUUUAAUGCUGGACCAGAACAUACCAGGAGAUUUACCUAUAAAGGACAUUUUGGAAGAACAUGCUUAUGAAGUGCAAGAAGAUGCCAGCUUCUCCAAAAAACUGCAUUGCUAUACCUGUAACCAACGUAAGGUUGAAACAGGCGAGAUAAAUGUACUUCUUUCUCUCUCCUUUCCCAAAAAACUGUGGAAGAUAGUAGAAAGUGAUGAGUUCACGUCUAUUAGUUGGAAUGAUCAUGGAGAUUGUGUCAUUAUAGAUGAAAUCUGCUUUCAGAGAGAAAUCUUAGACCGAAGAGGCAUCUUAAGGAUUUUUGAUACUGAUAGCAUAAAAAGCUUCAUUCGACAACUCAACCUCUACGGAUUCAGUAAAAUACGUAAAAAUAUCACUUUGCCUCACUUUCAAGCAGAGAAAAACAGAACCAGAGCAAGAAUACUGCUGUAUCACAAUCCAUAUUUUAGAAGAGGGUGCCCCUUUCUCAUUCAGAGAAUGAAGAGAAGAGUUGGCAUCAAAAGUAAUGAACAGCCAAAUCCCAUCAGUCCUAACUUGAAGAGAAGAAAGCCAACCGCGCCAAAGAAAUAUAUUUCCUUUCAAGAUUCAAUUCAGCCAAAUGAUUUGCAAAUACUUUGUCUAAAAGAAACAAUGCAUAACAAUCUACAAAAGAAUUCAAUAAAUGCAGGGAAUGGCAAAAUGAACCAUUCCUACCCAGUCUCUACACCAUGGCCUUUGGAAACUGAAACUGAACACACUAUUCAAAAUGGUAUUUAUAACCAGCAAAGAAAUCCAUGUAUGGAUACUAAUGCCACCAGCUCAAUUUGUCCAUAUUUUCCUCUGACUUCAGAGACAGGGCUUGAACCCUCAGUGGGACUCCAUCGUUUACCUUCAACUUACCAGGACUUUGUGUUCAUGAAUGCUCAGUUUACUACUUUAAUGUCCUUUUGGAACCCCUGGUUUUCAAUAUUGAUGGCAGCAACUUUGACAGAAACUCUCAACCAACAAUUUACUUCUCCAGCUCAGCCAUGUUCUUUAUGCAACUGCUAUGAUAACACUGAGCCUUCUGCCAGCUGUGAUUCUGCAAACUCAAAUUCUGCAGAACUCUUGUGACUGACAAAUUACAGUUUAUAAUGGCUGAAGCAGAUCAUGUCUUUUUAAAAUAAUAUACAAUUAAACUGGUUAAAAAGUCUAAGUAAUGGGAGUAUUUAUUUCUUCUCUACACUUACGUUUCCCAGGUAGUCAGCAUAAACAAGGCUGAGCUAGAGAUUCUUAAAAAUGCAUGCUUCCACCCACCAGAUGUAAAACAAGUCAAGCAGUAGUAUGCUAACAGAUCUUUUAGACAUAGGGAUCAUAUACCCCAAUCCUGGCACUCAGAACUUCACAGGACUGGGUCCCGUCUGUAGAAAUCCAUUUCUUUGGCAUGAUUCCCAGUGAAGGUUUAAGGGGAAAAGAUCUAAUUAUCUAUAAACUUCUUGUAUUUGCACUAGUACUUUUCAACUAUUAUUUAAAAAAAACUAUAUAGAACCUCAAAAAGUAAGUUUCCAUUUUGUAGCCACAACAUUAACGCCCUGAAGUAUUACAUUCAGUUCACUUCAGUGCCAGAAAAGAUACUGACAAAUUGGCGAGAGUUCAGAGAACUAUAAUAAUUAUAGGGAUUGGCUUAUCAAGAACAAUUAUAAAAGGCCUGUAUAAAAAAAAAAAGCCCAGGAAAAAAAAAACAAAGCGGAGGAGGAAAGCAUAUUUGAAGUGUGUAAGCACCUCAGAUGGAGAAUUAUUUAGGGAA